CACUGCACGUCCGUCCGUCGGAGGCUUUAGUGGCUCCGAAGGAAGAAAUGGUGGAGAAAAGAAAAGGAACGUCAGAGGCAUGACUAACCUACUGGAAGCCAUCUAGCUAGCAUCAAGAGAAGAGUCCUAAUGCACAACCCAAGAUUAUUCCUUUCCAGGGUGGGUUUCUUCUCCAAAUCAGGACUUCUUCCUUGGUAUACCACAAACCCACCAGAUUUGUCACAGUCCUUUUUGGGCAGAGCACAUAAGGGAGAUUUCACCAGUGUGAGAGUUAAGAAGCAUCCAAGCCGACAGAAAUAUCAGAAGAAACAAAAGCACUUUAGAUCACUAGAGGACUCCUGGCAGGAGAGGCUGGCUGAUGUUGUGACUCCACUCUGGAGGCUGAGCUACGAAGAGCAGCUCCAGGUGAAAUUUGAAGCUCAGAAGAAAAUCAUACAGAGCCUAGAAUCUUACCUACGAGUGCUCCAUGGAGUCAGUGGGAGAGUGGCCGCACCCCAUUCUGAGGUGCUGCACUGUCACCUCCAUCCUAUUAUACCCUCUCCCAUCGUCAAUGGCUACCGAAAUAAGUCCACCUUCUCUGUGAACCGGAGCCCAGAUGGCAACCCAAAGACUGUGGGGUACUACCUAGGAACUUGGAAAGAUGGGAAUAUUGUCUGCGUACCAUGUAGCCAUCUGAAAAACAUCCCGGAGAAACACAGUCAAGUAGCUCAGAACUAUGAAGUAUUCCUUCGACAGUCUUCAGUGGAACCCUGUCUUCUGUUUCAUGAAGGUGGACACUGGCGUGAGCUCACAGUUCGAACCAAUAGCCAAGGACACACAAUGGCUAUCAUCACUUUUCAUCCCCAGGGAUUAAGUCAGGAGGAGCUCUGUGUUCAGAAGGUGACCUUGAGGGACUUUUUCACUAAAGGCCCUGGAGCAGUCUGUGAAUUGACCUCACUCUAUUUCCAGGAAAGCACCAUGACCCGUUGCAGUCAUGAGCAGUCCCCCUACCAGCUCCUGUUUGGGGAACCCCACAUCUUUGAAGAUCUUCUGGGUUUGAAGAUCCGCAUCUCUCCAGAUGCCUUCUUCCAGAUUAAUACUGCUGGUGCAGAAUUGCUGUAUCAGACCAUUGGGGAACUGAGUGGAGUGGACUCCAAUACCAUCCUCCUUGACAUUUGCUGUGGAACAGGUGUGAUUGGCCUUUCUCUGGCUCAGCGUGCAUCCCAGGUCCUUGGCAUUGAGCUGGUGGAACAGGCAGUAGAGGAUGCCAGGUGGACUGCAGCCUUCAAUGGUGUUACCAACUGUGAGUUUCAUGCUGGUAGAGCAGAGAAGAUUUUGCCUCAGUUGUUGAAGUUGCAGAAAGAUGAGAAGUUAACUGUUGCUGUGGUGAACCCUGCCCGUGCUGGACUGCAUUACCAAGUGGUGCAAGCCAUUCGGAACUGCAGGGCCAUCCACACGCUAGUUUUUGUUUCCUGCAAGCCACAUGGUGGAAGCACAAGGAACUUCAUUGAGCUAUGCUGUCCUCCAAACUCUGCUAAGAAGCUCUUCGGUGAACCUUUUGUCCUGAGAGAAGCUGUACCUGUGGAUUUGUUUCCCCACACCCCACACUGUGACCUGGUACUCCUCUUCACUCGAUAAGACG